UGUAUGGACAUGAAUGACUUCUGGUGGUGAUAUUUGUAAUGUUAAAUGAAGUACAGAGAAACUAUUGGAUGUAUCGGAUCCAGCACUGGGAUUUAAAGAAUGUGCACAUUGUCAGAGGACAAAAAGGAAACUAAAGGCUGUUACCUGUUCACUCUUUAAUAAUCCGACAGAAGGAGUUAUUUCCCACACUUUUUAGACUUACUGGAGAAGCUCUCACCAUGCUCCCGGCUCAGGAGGCAGCCAAGAUCUACCACACCAACUACGUGCGUAACGCCCGCGCCGUGGGCGUGCUGUGGACGGUCUUCACCAUCACCUUCGCAGUCAUCACCGUGGUGGUGUUCAUCCAGCCCUACUGGAUCGGGGACAGCGUCCACACGCCCCAGGCCGGCUACUUCGGGCUCUUCCACUACUGCAUCGGGAAUGCGCUCACCUCGGAGCUCGUCUGCAAAGGGAGCGCGCUGGACUUUGGCUCCAUCCCGUCCGGCGCCUUCAAGACGGCCAUGUUCUUCGUGGGGAUCUCCAUGCUGCUGGUGGUGAGCAGCAUCGUCUGCUUCAGCCUCUUCUUCUUCUGCAACGCGGGGAGCGUCUACAAGAUCUGCGCCUGGAUGCAGCUGGCCUCCAGCACCUGCAUGGUGAUUGGCUGUAUGAUCUAUCCUGACGGCUGGGACUCGGAGCAGGUGAAGCGCAUGUGUGGCCAGCGGACCGACAAAUACACCCUGGGCAACUGCACAGUGCGCUGGGCCUACAUCCUGGCCAUCAUCAGCAUCAUGGACUCGCUCAUCCUCUCAAUGGUGGCCUUCAGCCUGGGCAGCCGGCAGGACAAGCUGCUGCCAGAGGACUUCCAGGUGGAGGGUAAAGGUACCAUUUGUGUUUCCCAGAAGAUGAAUCCCACUGACUUUGUUGGUCCUCUGAUCCUGUAG